ACGAAAUAACGCCCCAUGGUCGAAACCGUUGGGAGGGAUCUUCAUCGCUUCAAAUCAACGGAACCAAAGAGACAGAGAAUGGCAUAGAAUAUUUGCGUGAUAGAGCAGCAGCAGAGGUUUGAAGAGAAUAGAUUUUCCGGUGGAGGGUUUUCCGAAGAUGAUCAAAUGGACAAAAAGAUUAAUAUCCGCAUUUGGGCCCUCCUUCUUUGGUUGAUAUGCUUGAUUUACUUCACUCAGGGUUUCAGGUCUUUUGUCUGGACGGCAAUUUCCUACCAACUCAAAGAUAAACUUAAAUUGUCACCAGCAGCAUCUCAAUAUGUAUCUUCUAUAGCAUUUUUCCCAUGGAGCAUUAAACCAUUAUAUGGAAUAAUGUCUGAUUGUAUACCAAUUAGAGGCAGAAAAACGAAUUCCCUACCUAGUGAUUGCAACUGUGCUUUCUCUAGUUCCAUGGCUUAUUUUAGGCUCAAUUCAGCCUCUAGGGAUUCAAAAUGGCAUCUGAUGAUAUUCUUAACAGUGCAAAACUUGGGCUCAGCCAUGGCAGAUGUUGUGGUCGAUGCAAUGAUAGCUGAGGCAGCAAGAUAUGAUCGGGCUUCAUUUGCUGGAGAUCUUCAGUCAAUAUCUUGGAUGGCGAUGGCUUUGGGAGGCAUAUGUGGUAGUUUGUUAGGAGGCUAUGUAUUAUCCAAUUUACAAAUAGAUACAAUUUUUCUUCUAUUUGCUGUACUACCAACCAUUCAGUUAAUAUCAUGCCAAUUGUGGUUGACAAAUCUGUUGAUAGCAAAACUUUUCAAGAGUAUUAUAUUUCAAGAGUUUCAACUUCAAACGGGAUUACUUCAGAUGGAGAUAGUGCUUUCAUCAAAAAGUUUAAUAAAGUAUUGAAAGAAGAAAGAAGGCAAAAAGAAUGGCAAAAGGUUGGCUGUGAGGACCAGAAAAUCAGAUAUUGUUGAAAAAGAUGAUUCCUUGACAUUGAAGCAGUGUCACUCUAUAAAAGAUGCAAUUUAUGAUUUGUGUCGUGGUUUUCAGACAGCCAAUGAUAUUAAGGUACUUUCUUUUUGCAAAUUUAUUUAACCUAGGAUUUUGUCAACGCGCUGUUGUAUUCAUUUAGAGGCAAUCUUUUCUGAGGGCAUUCUUCCCAUUUAAGUCUUAUUAUAUA